CAAACAGGGGGGAACGGAACGACAACUGUAAGAGUCUGUAAGCACUGGGUUUCAUCCAUGGCUGCUUUUCUUUCCUUAUCUUCCAUUUCUUUGACCAGAACGGCCACUGUUCUUCCUCAUUCAACCACUUCCUUCAAGGGAAAUGUGAGGCUAUUGAACUCAAAUCCGUUCAAUAUUUGUUCAUCUAGACUCAAAUUCACGGUCGCAGAUGGGAAACGAUUGGUUGUUCGCAGCCAGGCUGCUGCGGCUUCCCUGUCUGCUUCGUCCGGUGAGAGUGUGCGGUUCCGUCUCGAUAAUCUUGGACCACAGUCAGGUUCGAGGAAGAAGGCGAAGAGGAAGGGGAGAGGUAUAUCGGCGGGACAGGGAGGUAGCUGUGGGUUUGGAAUGAGAGGACAGAAAUCAAGGUCUGGACCGGGUGUGAGAAGAGGAUUUGAAGGUGGACAAAUGCCUCUUUAUCGGAGGAUCCCUAAACUUCGAGGAAUUGCUGGAGGUAUGCAUGCUGGGUUACCUAAAUAUGUGCCGGUGAAUUUGAAAGACAUUGAAGCGGCAGGAUUUCAGGAAGGGGAACAGGUCACCUUGGAAACUUUGAAGGAGAAGGGUUUAAUCAACCCUUCGGGAAGAGAAAGGAAACUCCCAUUAAAGAUUUUAGCUGAUGGGGAGCUGAGUGUGAAGCUAAAUAUUAAAGCUCGGGCUUUUUCAUCAGCAGCCAAAGAGAAGCUUGAGGCUGCUGGCUGCACGCUUACUGUAUUACCUGGACGAAAGAAGUGGGUCAAGCCAUCAGUGGCUAAGAACCUCGCUCGAGCAGAAGAAUAUUUCGCAAAGAAAAGGGCUGCAGCAGCUGCUGCAGAACAAGCUACCGCAUGAAUGCUUGUGUAAAGUUGCAGUUUGGUGACAAAUUCCAGGCAUGUGCUUUAUUAAUCAUAUAUUUCUGGAUGACUCAUUUGCUGCCAUUCAAUAAUGCUCAUUUGCGUCGAGAGAAAUUUGAAAGCGACCUCAAAACCAAAGGCUGCACCACUCAUGGUGGUGCCCUCUUAACAAAUUUGGAUUUGCUUUCCAGGUCUUUUACUCUCUCUUUCCCUUUCUCUUCUGAAGCUUUAUUUUAGUGUAAAAGGCAUACCCACGAGCCAAAAAUGAUGAUCUUUCCAAACAAGCUUAAUCUAUGUUAGGAGAAAAGUAAGUUCAAAUCUAUCUUCCAAAACCCGCAGAAAUCCUUCAGUUGUUACACACCAUGCUGCCUAAGUUAUACCUUGUAUGGUUGGAAAUUCGAUUCUGGUGUAUUCUCUGUAGGAAAUUAUUGUCCUGAUUCUAGCAAAAUUGAAUGAGAAGUUAUGUAA